UGCAGCAACAGAAGCAGUUCGUCUCACCCCCGCUUCUGCACCCUGCCUGGGCAGGACGGAGUCCUGUCUCCCCUUAAUUUCGGUGGAGGAUGCGUAAAGAAAGCCUAACUGUUUUCUAAAGAGGACAAGAGUCGAUUUAUUUACAUUUCUCUUUCAUUCUCGUCGACGACUCGCUCUAACCGGCGAAACUUGAAGUGCCGAGUUACUGCGACGUGCUCAGGUUAACGUUAGCAUUUUCACGGACUUUCCAAAACACAGCUAAUGUGCGGUUAAAGUUUACUCCGGUUUCGUCGUAUAACAGCUGUUUUACAAGGGACUCAUAAUAAUAUCUCAGUGGAUUCCUCACGAGCAGACCUCCAUAAACGAUUGCAGCUCUGGGGUGAUUUUGAUGGAGUGAGACAUUGCUAUCGAGGAAGAUCUACAAGAAACUUGGACACCAUACCAGUUGAAGAAGCAAAUUUGAAUCUUAUCAUUUAAACAGUGUUGAACUGCAUAAUGGAUGGAAUAGACACCUUGCAGAGCUCAGCCCCAGAGACCAAGGCUGAGCGAAUUGCCCGCUACAAAGCAGAGAGGAGGAGGGAGCUUGCUGAGCGCUAUGGCAACACAGAAGAAUUCACCUCCAAAUAUGUCCGCAGGGACAGGAAAAUUGCUGACACAUCCGAAACUGUGUCUUCAGUAACCAAGGAGAAGGAAAAAUAUGAGGAUAAUGGAGCAGAGCCAACAUAUAGCAGGAGGGGCCUCAGGAAUAAAGUAGUAGAACCUGUGGAGCAAACUAAUGAUGAAAAAGAGGCUACCACUCACCUCAAAACAGAUGCAAUUUUAUCCUCCAAAUCAGAAGCUGUCUCCUCCAUAAAGAUGACCUCUCAUUUCAGGCUGCUGGAAACUGAUGACACCAAGGAGCCACAGGUUAAUGAGACACCUGUGGACUCAUCCAAGACGUCUGCUACAUCCAAAAUGUCUCUUUCUAAGGACCUGGAUGGGACAGAGGAUGGACGCAGCGACAGACAUGCUGGUGACGGAGUAAAGCGUAAGCUAAUGAGCAGUGACGAAGAGGAAGCCUCUACCAGGCUUCCUAAAUCUGAUGUAGGCAACGCAAUGGAAGAGAGAGAGGCCACAGAUGAACCUUCAUGGAAGGAGCAGCAUGAAUAUGCUACCACUGCAGAGCAAAAAAAGCCUUCCAGUCUCCUCUCUGACAGCAAGAACAGAGACGCCUCUCCUCCUCCCUCUCCUCCCUGCCAGCCUCCCUCGCUGCAGCGCCAAGACUCAGGGCCUCGAGGCAUCAAGGGAAUCCUUAAGAAAAGCCGCUCUACCAGUGUGGAGUCCGACCACAGCGAGGGCUCUACGCCUGAGUGCCCGCCAGCCCGACAAAGCAGCGUCACCCUCAGCCACCCUGAGAGUGAGGAAGAGACAGAGGAGGCAUAUGAAGAGGAGCAGGAACAGGAAGAGGAGGAGGAGGAAAUAGAGGAAGAGGUCAGUGAGGAAAAUGAGGAUGAGCCAUUAACUGAUGAUGUCACAGACGGAGGGAGCUUCAGCAUCGACAGACAAGAGAGUGGAGGAAGCAGCGGUAGCAGUAGAGGGAGCUUUGAGGAGAUGCGAAGUUCCUCGCCUGAUGAGAGCCUGGAGAAGACCUCCACAGUGUCAGAGGAUGUUGAGGAGCUGGAGAGCAGUUUGGAUGGAAGUCUGGGCUCGUCACGCAAACAGAGUUUGGCAGAGUUGACUGGGAGAGACAAUGAGAAGAGGGAUACACCGAAGAAGGCCAAGCCAUCUGAACUGAUCCAGACAUCACUGGCUGAUCGCUUCAGUCAGCUCCAAGAUUCUGAAAAUGCCUGGAGGAAAAAGAAGUCCAACCUAGACGUGGAGCCCAAGAUGUCGCUGGUAGAGAGGAUGAAGAUCCUCAAGCAGAAGGAGGAGCAGUGGAAGAGCAGAGGCAAAGGAGCAGCUAACGACUCCGUCCAGUUCACUGUGGCUGGACGAAUGGCCAAGAGAGGUCUUGUGUCAGACACAGGAAAGGAGGAGUCACCACUUAUCUCUCUCAAGAAGUCUAAUGCCACACCCGUGAAGCCGCAUGAAGAAAUCUCCAGUAGAACUGAUGUCAAAGUGGAAGGAGAUAAAAGACUGGACAAGCUUGAGUCCUUCCUAGACAAGCUCCACAAUAAAGGCGUGAGCAAAAGCAGGACAUCCACGAUUGAGGUGACGGCAGAGACGGAGAAAGAAGUGAUGACCCUGGAUGAUGAGGAGACCUUUGGCAGCUUUUACAAAUCUGUCUCACCCACGACUCUGCAGGUCUCCAGUGUGGUUCUUACUGAGGAGGACCUCAGCCAGAUUCAGGCUGAUACACCAAAGCUCACCUCAGCCGUAGCAGAACACAAGCGUGCAGUGCGACCAGCCCGGAGAAAUCAAGGCUCCAGGAACCCUCUGCGGGCUCUGGCUGCCCGCAACGACCUCCGGCAGGUGUACACUGAACAGAGGCUUAAUGUAGCCACAGUGGAGACCAAGAGGAUCCAAGUGGAGAGGAUGGCAAAACACUCCAACCUGGCCGAUGUGGCCUUGGCAGGCCUCGCCAGCAAGGAGAACUUCCGCAAGGUCAGCCUGCGCAGUGUCAAGUCCACCGAUGUCGUGACCAACAACAGUACACUGCCUUUCAACAAGCUCAUGCUUAUUCGCAUCAAAGGUCGGAGGCAUGUCCAGGUGCGCUUGGUGGAGCCCACAGCCAACUCUCUAAACAGUGGCGACUGCUUCCUUCUUAUAACGCCAAAGCAGUGCUUCAUGUGGAGUGGAGAGUUUGCCAACGUCAUUGAAAAAGCUAAGGCAUCAGAGAUGGCCUCGUUCGUUCAGGCCAAGAGGGACCUCGGCUGCAAGGCCCCCCAGGUGACGGUGCUGGAGGAGGGCAUCAACACCGAGAGCCGAUGGGCCAAAGAGUUCUGGAGCCUGCUGGGGGGAAAGACCAAAUACAGAGGGGCAGGGGAGCCAGAGGAGGAUGAACUGUAUGAGAGUGGGGUGCUAGACUCUAAUGGGGUGUACAGACUCCAGGGAGACAAACUGUUGCCACAUGAAGAUGCCUGGGCCUCCAUCCCGAGCGUCUCCUUGCUCAACUCUAAGGAGGUCUUAGUGUUUGACUUUGGCAGUGAAGUGUACGUAUGGCAUGGGAAAGAUGUGCCCUUAGGUGAUAGAAAAGUGGCCGUCAAACUGGGAAAACAGCUUUACAGCGGCAGCUACGACUACAGCAACUGCAGAGUCAACCCUUUAGAUGCCUCCUGCACAAAUAAGGAUGUGCCUCAGCAGGGGGAGGGUCGUCCGAGCUGGGCUCUGUUUGGCCGGCUGUCAGAGCACAAUGAGACAUCGUUGUUCAGAGAGAAGUUCCUGGACUGGGCUGAGAGGAAGAAAGAGGAAGCAGCUCAAGCUGAGGAAAUCAAGAGUCCAGUCCACUCCACUGUCCGCUCCCCACUCGAAUUGGAACUGCAGCCAUUCGAUGCCAGCGCCCUGCUGGACAAUGAGCCUGAGCCAGUGAAGGCUGUUCUGGAGGGAGUUGACGUGCAGCGGGGCCACGGCCUGGUGAGGACCGAGGAUGGUAGGCAGGCAGAGUUGGCUACAGUAGUUGUAGACGCCUGGCACAUCAAAGAGCACAGUGAGGAGGAGCUGCCUAAAGAGAGUGUGGGCCAGCUACACGAGGGCGAUGCCUACAUCAUCCGUUGGAAGUACUCUGUCACCACAUUAGUGGGGAAGCGGCAGAAACCCGGGGAGCUGAGCGCCGGAGCUCCUGGAAGAGAGAGGACCGCUUGUUUUUUCUGGCAGGGCCGGCAUUCCAGCAUCAGCGAGAAAGGAACCUCAGCUCUAAUGACAGUGGAGCUGGGAAGCCACCGGGGGUCACAAGUGUUGGUGAGUCAAGGGAAAGAGCCGCCGUGCUUCCUCCAGCUCUUCCAGGGAGGUUUGAUCAUCCACAAGGGCAGCAGAGAAGACAGUGCCAACAACACAGAUGGCUGGAGGUUGUUCUGUGUCCGUGGUGAGGCAGAUGUGGAGGCCUCACUGGUGGAAGUGGACUGCCAGCGUGCCAGUCUGCGGUCACGCGCCAGCUUAGUGCUUCUUAAUGCUCAGAAAGCUCAACUCUACUUGUGGCAUGGCUGUAAAUCACACGCCAGUGCCAGGCAGGUGGCCAAAAGAGCUGCGGACAAAUUAACCCAGAGGUGUCCCUCAGAGUUAGGUCUGAGCAGCACCAGCAGCGUGGAAGUUGAGGAGGUGGAGGAAGGAGCUGAACCCUCAGAGUUCGUGAAAGCUCUGGGCUCGCAGGACAAGAAAGCCUACGACUGUAUGCUGCAAGAUCCAGGGAAGUACAACUACACACCCCGGCUGUACCGGCUGAGUGCCAGCUCUGGGCUGUUUGAAGGGGAGGAGCAGCUGUAUCCUGCCCGGGUGAUAGAGGGAGUCAUGGCGAUGCCUUUCCUGCAGGAGAACCUCUACGCCACACAACAGCCAGCUCUGUUCCUGCUGGAUAACCGUAUGGAGGUUUACCUGUGGCAGGGCUGGCAGCCUGAAGACACGCAGUGCACCGGCUCUGCAAAGAUGCGCUGGGACAGCGAGAGGAAAUGUGCCAUGGAGACUGUGCUGCAGUAUUGCAAAGAGAAGAACCCUCGGCGACCCCCCUUGGCUUAUCUGGUCCUAGCAGGCUGCGAGCCCCUCACCUUCACCAACAUCUUCCCAUACUGGGAGAAAGAUACCAGCAUCACUUCAAAGCUUGAGAGCUCCAAGAAUAAGGUGAUCUUGGUGAAGGAGGCCCUGUCCAAGCUCAGUAAGCAGCAGUACUCCAUCGAGGAGCUGACCCGCAAACCGCUGCCGGAGGGAGUGGACCCUCUGCGCCUGGAGGAUUACCUGUCUGACGAGGACUUCAAGACACUUCUUGAAAUGAAUCGAGUUGAGUUCAACGCCAUGCCAAACUGGAAGCAAAAGAACCUGAAGAAAAGCAAGGGUCUGUUUUAAAACUAAUCUUUUGUACACAGGCUUUUCUUUUCUUUAUGUUUUCUCAGCAGCUUUUCUUACAUUUUUUUUUUUUAUUCCAAGAAAAAAAAGAAAUAAUGUCCUUCUUUUGUAAAGGAUAGGAAAAAAAAAGCAAAUGUACAAUUUUGUUCAAAUGUUGAUCUAUUUUUAAUAACAGUGCCAUUUUUAAUGUUUCUCUGUGUCAUUGAAAUAUUUAGCCAACAAUCAUGUGCAAUUGUUAAUCUUUUUGAUAGUAUGUUUUCUUUGUAUGGUAAGAAUAGUUACCCCUGCAUUAUAAAUAUGUAAUAUACUAUAAAUGAAUGUGUUUUUAUGUUUAGUCCAGACAUGUCGAGUUUUGGGUGAGAAUGCGUUUGUAUGAAAGUAGCCAGUGGUUUAAAACUGGGAGAUAUUCAUCGAUUUUUACAUUUCAUGGAAAAAGUCAGCCCUGUGUAGCGCAUCAAUGUCUCCACUCUGAGGGUGCCAGAGACAAGCAAAACAAAUGAAAGUUCAGAGAGCAAUCCCUAUAAUAUGUGGUUGUUUCAAAGAAAUUUGAUGGUUUCAAACAAAGACUGUAUGCCAGACAUCUUGUGCUUUAAUUGUAAUGGAAAAAAUAUAAGUUUUUAUCUUUUUAGUUUUUAUCUAUUUUGACCAAAAAAGAUCACCAUAUUCAUUUGUGUGAUGAGGUAUUUUUGUCGCAUCAGAUUGUGACCUUGUGAAGAGCAGAAAUUGGUCCAAAUUAAAACAUGGAACUGAAACUCUGACUUUCAACCAUUACACUGAUACUGUAGUCAGUGUCAUUGAAACUGGCCCAUAAUCUUUGGUACUGAAUAUUUCCUCGCUUAUGAAUAACUUCCUGCCAGUGGUGGCAGCCCUCUGAUAAACUGGUUGUUUGGGACCAAUUCAAAUGUUUUUGUCUUGUCAUAAGUGUUUUGUGAAUCUGUGUGUGUGUGUGUGUGUGUGUGUGUGUGUGUGUGUGUGUA